AUGGCGACCGUGGAUGGGGCGAUGGCGGCGGAGCUGGCAGAGUUGGGACUGCCUGUGGCUGAUCCCAAGGCCUGGACGCGGGCGUUGACGCAUGAGAAUGAAGCCAUCCUGGCCAUGACCCUUGAUGAGCUGGAGUAUGAUGAUGAUGAGCAGGCAUACUCGCACGAUGCUUUUGGUCAGUACCCCAGCCUCGCGGGCUGCUUGACCCAAUUGCCAACAACGCUGACUAGCUGCAUCCAGAGCCCAGAGGCAGGACAGCUGUUGGCGGGCACGAUUGAUGGGACUGCUUUGCGCUUUGAUGUGUCGAACAACAGUUGCCAAACAAUCAAGAAAGUGGCGGGCGGGCCUGUUCGUGCCCUGCUGGCGCUGCAAUCGCGGGGCUUGCUGUUGCUGGGUCAGGCGGAUAACCGCAUUCGGGCUAUUUCGGGUGGUGAACUGCCACUGCGGUUGUGGGACUUGCGGGCCAACUUGGGUCAGCGGACCUCCUCGCGGCAAUCCGAACCCACGCCGCUCGCCGAUUACAGCAUUCCCGAUGCCAUGGUCUACACCCACGGCUUUUGGUACAACAACCAAGCCAUUUUGGGCGGGAUGAGCUCCAACUUGCAUAUGGUCCAGCUGGACGGUCAAUUGCGACGAGCCACGACGCCCUGCACGAGCAUCUAUGCCGUUCUGCCCGCGCAUGGCACUCAGGGGGCCAUUGUGGCGGGUGAGGGAGCCGAGCUGUUUACGAGUCCCACCAGUGACUUUCUCUACUUUGAUCAGGAAUCGCUCAUCCUCUCCGCCGCCGCAGCUGCUGGCACGCCAGACGCUGUCGGCGCGCCUCCUGGUUCGGCUUCCAAAAAGAGCAAUCGCCUCAAACGCUUCGUCGGCGCUGUCGCCCACAAGCUCAAGAAGAAGAAUCGCCGCGAUCGCGGCGCCGCCAGCACCAACGGUCGAAGCACCAAGCAGCUCAGUCGCUUCAACCUGCUUCAAGUCUCGGAAGAUGACACCAACAUCCUGCACGCUACCUGUGCAGUGUCCAUCGGGUCUCGCCGACUCCAAGAACGCCGCCUGGUGCUGCUCGACGUGCAAGCCCGCCAGCUCUUUAUCGAACCCGACGAAGAUGAAGACAACUCCGAAGUUGGCAGCAGUGGCAGCAAGGGCCGCAAGGCCACCAAAAAGCACUCCCAACCUAGCUCCGAAGAAAAUAACGAUGUAGAGUUCAAGAGCCGCUCCAACUCCAGCCCUGCCCUUCCUUUAGGCAGGAGCAACACCCGUCCCGCUUCCAUCAACCUCGCGGACCUCCCCGGUGACGACGCCGACGCCGACACGGCCACCCUCAUGGGUAGCAUCUCCAUCGACAGCGGUGCCACCCACGCCCUCUCCCUCUCCCUCUCUGACGCCUUUGACCUCAGUGAUCUCAUAGAGAUUCGCCAAGCCGCUCAGGUUGGUCCUUUCAUUGGGACACGUGUGUGUGUGUGUGUGUGUGUGUGUGUGUGUGUGUGUGUGUGUGUGUGUGUGUGUGUGUGUGUGUGUGUGUGUGUGUGUGUGUGUGUGUGUGUGUGUGUGUGUGUGUGUGUGUGUGUGUGUGUGUGUGUGUGUGUGUGUGUGUGUGUGUGUGUGUGUGUGUGCGUGUCGUGUCGUGUCCGCCUGGCUGCCAACCCAGACAUUGCUACACUGGGCGAGCAAGAAGACCUCAUGGCCCUCCUGGCCCCGCACGCCCUGGCCCUCCUGGCCUCCAGUCUGGGCUUUGAAAUCAACCUGAAAACUCAGCAGCUGCUCCUCGCCAACACCGUCGGCCCUCUUCAUGCCAUUAGUGCGCGUGAGCCUGAUCUUCCCGCGGCGCCCGAACCGCUGGCUGCAGGCGCUUCUACAUCCUCUGCUCCAGAAACUAGUGGCUCUGAAAUGGGGCUCGAUGGCUCGGAGAGCAGUGGGGAUGCCCUCACUCUGGCUGAAAUUGCCGCUGCUGAAGCUUGGCGUCGCAAGUUUCUGCUUGGUCUCGAAGUUAUUGUCGCCCACCUCUUCAUCCUGGAUCAGCCACAGUUGUUCACCAUCCUGGCAAAAGACUUUGGCACAUAUUUCCUGCGCCCAGCGGCCCUGCAACAAGCCGACCUCCCCACCCUCCCCGCCCCCACCGGCGCCAACAGUGCCGGGGAGCAGGCAGAUGCUGAACGCACCCUUGAUCUAGAUAGUCGUGCCAUGCCUCAUGCCUGGUUUGAGGCUGCAUGGCGCCACAUCCAGCGCGAAACUUUGGCCCGCUGCCAGGCUUUUGCAGAAAACAUGGUGCGUCUUUGCACCACCACGGGCUCGCAUCGGUCCCUCAGUCGGGAAGCACUUCUGCUCGGCUUGCAUUCCAGCCACAACUCCGUUCUUCAUCCCCGGGCACUGGACGGUCCCACGGACGAUAUGACACGCCCUUUGAAUGAGUACUUUAUCAACUCUUCCCACAACACUUAUCUCAUUGGCCGACAGGUCAUGGAUAUUAGUGACCCAGACGCCUAUGCCCUGGCUCUGCGCCAAGGUUGCCGCUGCAUCGAACUCGACGUGUGGGACGGUGACAUUGAGCCCAUCAUCACGCACGGCGGCGCCUUCUGCACCACAUUUCCCGUGCGCACGGCUUUGCGCACCAUCCGCGCACAUGCGUUUGAGACGUGCUCCUAUCCGGUCAUCCUGUCCCUGGAGAUCCACUGCAACCAAACGCAGCAAGACUGCUUGGCCGAGAUGUUGCAAGAGGAACUCGGUAGCCUCCUUGUGAGUGCACCCCUUCAUGGCAACUACGACAACAUGAAGAGUCUCCCCUCUCCUUUUGCCCUCCAACGUCGCAUUCUUGUCAAAUGGAAGGCCCAUUCGAAUCGCCACCGCCAGUCAGAUGACACCAGCGAGGCGUCUGUACAGGGCUUCGACUCAAACGCCACCCGCAUUGUUCGUGGCUACGUACACAUGUGUCCUGAAAUCAAGGAGGAGAUGCUUCUGCGGAUUCGUGACGGCGCCAAUCUGGACCAGAACGACGACCCUAGCCACGAAGACACCAACGAGGAUGACGCGCUCGGCGAGGCUGACGCGAGCGACAACCUGCCGCGCAUUGUCACCGACAGCGACAAUUUGGAGGUCGGCCAGGUCAACCACGAUUCGGGGCGUUCUGGUGAACGCACCCCGGUGGGUAGUAGUGCCCUCUCUCGUCAGGAGACCAGUGACAACCUUGAAUCCGAUUUGGGUGCCGCCCCGUCAACUCCUGCUUCUGCCAGCACGGAGCCUGUGCCCAAGGACUGGCCCCUCUGCUUUGGUAUGCUGACGGAGGAUAUCCUGGUUUACGGCGCCGCCAUGGACGAAGCUCAUGGGGAUGAGAACAUGGAAGAAGCCACUCUGCGCGAUGACAUGGAGGACAUCUUUGGCUCCGACUCGCUCAGCGGCUCCAACACAGCCUUGGACGUGGUGUCACUUUUGACCGUAGCCUCAGUGCACCUCGUUCCCGAUCAGCUCUGUCACGACAUGGGCGUCAAACCUGGUUGUGGCGUCGCCGUCCUGUACGCCCCCAUUUCCAGCACACGAAUCGUUGACGGCACCAUCUUUGCCACCCGCGACGUCGCAUCCGCCAUCGAAUGGGUGAUUGAGCUCCGCCGCCUUACAAAGCUCAAGCGUGAGCACGUGCGCGGUGCCGAAAAGAGCGUCUACUCACAAAAACUCUUGGAGCUUGCCGUGUACUUCCAAAGCGUACGCUUGCAUACCUUUGAAAAAAAUAAGCCACAGGCCGCUUACGAAAUGAGCUCACUCUCUGAAAAGAAGCUCAUGCGCUUUGUGCAAAAGCAAUCCCGUCACAUGGUGGCGCAUUGCUGUCGCAAUAAUAUCAGGGUUUAUCCACAGGGCACGCGCAUCAACUCAUCCAACUAUGAUCCCCAGGUGUGUUGGAACGUGGGCGUGCAGAUGGUGGCGCUGAAUUGGCAAACCUCCGACACCAGCAUGUGGUUGAACCGCGGCUUCUUCGACCGCAACGGAGGCGCGGGCUAUGUGCUGAAGCCCAGUUACUUGCGCGACCCCGAGGCCAAAUUUGAUCCUUUGAGUGAUGAAUGCCUGGAUCGCGCCAACCCGAUUCUAUUUCGGUUUCGCUUGCUGGAGGCCCGGCACUUGCCCAUGUUGGACGCACAUCGGGGUAGUGUCACAGCCACGUUCAGCCUGUGCGGCACGCUGUUUGACGAAAUCUCUGCCAAGAAAACUUCCGCUCAUCUCUCGUGCAAUCCCGUUGCCGUGAGCUUUGAUUUUGAACAAGAAGCCGAUGUUUUCUUUCCGGAGCUCGCCACGCUCAUGGUGACAUUCAACGGCCGCAAAGGCACUCUUCUGGGUCAAGUGGCCCUGCCUCUCUCUGCCCUGCGCCCCGGCAUCCGAAACGCUCCCUUAUAUGAUGGACACAACAAACCCAUCGCAUUUGCAUCGAUGCUUGUUGAUAUCGAGCUUGUUCAAGAUGGCAAAAUCUGGGGCAUGCAAGCUGAGGACCUGGCUGCUGAGGCAGAAAGCCGGCGUAAUGCUUCUGCAGGUGGCGCACCGGAAGAGGAUGACGCCGUGGUCUUUGAUAAACCUCGCAUUGGUACACCUGCGCCCGAGGAAGAGGACGUCAGUCGGGCUGAUAAUGUCGUUAGCCGUCGGAGUGAAACCGUGCGCCGCAAGCGCAAAGAAGUGCAAUCCAAGAUCAAGGCCUAUAUCGAGGAGCGUCUCGAAACCAACUCGAGUCGUGAAGGCAUGGCAUCGGUACGGCGAAAGACCGCGCAUCGCCGGUUUGUGGGCCUCAAUGGCGAAAAAGCCAUUGACGUGCGGCACGUCAAGUCCAAGGUGGCCGCUUACAUUGCCAAGCCGCGUGACAUGACGGUCACAAAAAGCGAAUCAAACAAGCCACAGCACCCGCGCUUUGUGGGACUAACCUCGCAAAGCUCAACUGCUUCUGACCCCGGCAAUGGGAGCGGUGCGAGCAGCAGCAGCAACAGUAGCAAGUCGAGCGCCUCGGCUUCGAGCCGAUCACGACCCAAGAGUGCCAUCGGUCCGCCCAAGGGCCAGCUGAAGCCUUCGGCUUCACCGUCUCCAUCACGCAAGAAGGGCGUUCGACCCAAGAGUGCAGUGAUUAGUGAUAGCCCGCAUGCCAAGAGCCCUGUUCGCCCUGCUCGUCCCAAAAGUGCCAUCCAGAGCCCAAGCGAGCCUCGCACCAAGCCUGGUCAGGUACGAGAGACGCGUGCUGUCCGACUGCGCAAGCAGCAGCUCGUCGAACAAGCAGAACAGGAGUCCAAGGCCAAGGCUGACCGUCAAGCUGCACGCCAGGCAGCGCUCGAGGCAGAGGCGGCACUGAUCGAGGCCGCCAAAGGACACGGGGCUAAGAGUGGCGGCAAGAGUCGCGGCCACGCCAAGAAGACCAACGCAGCCAAAUCGGCCCCUGCCACCCAGCCAGAGCCUGAGGUGCAGCACCCACCCACCACUUCAAAGCCCAAAUCUCAGUCCGAAGCGCAAUCUGAGGCCUCUUCAGCUGGGCCAGAUGCAGCGGCAGUGUCGUUGUCAGAUGCGCACAACAAUGGCGCCAGCAACGGCCCGACACGCCAGUCCUCCAAAGGGCGAGCAGAUGAGCUCAUUUCAGAGGUUUGAGUAUGAGCUUGUUCGAUUCAUUUUGGUGCACGUGACCAAGUGCUUGCACAUUGCCUUUUUGGGGGACUGCGCCUACCAGCCGUGCUUGGCAAAGAUAAUUAUUCAAGUUUGUGUUGAAGCUUGUUGUGAUGCAGCAAUCCAUGAAUGUCGGGCCACCGUUACGGAUUGCCUGUUCCGACGCACACAUGCGAUGUUUGUGAUGUGCAUUGUAUGAUUUCUGCCACUGUCGUGCAUCGCCUUGUUGUUGUUGUUGUUGUUGUUCGUGUUUUACAUAAUUCCUUGCACCCUUUCUCUUUUCUUCUCGUCCUGUCGCAACAAGUUGCGGCCUUGUGGUUGCGCUUUAGUAGAUCAAUCAACGUAUUGCUAUG